AACGGAGGACGUUAGUUUCUACAACAAACACAGAGCGCGUAAGCAAACAUAUCUCAAAGCAUAAUUUCAAAAGAAAACCUACUGAAACAGGUCUAGGAAAGUGGUAUAUUUACAGAUUAAGAUAUCUGAUAUUAUAUUAUCUGAUAUAAGAUAAGAUUAAGAUAAGAUAAAAGGUGCUCGCUGAAGGCCGGGGAACCGGAAAACCUUUAUCAGAAAUGGUAGACGAAUGUUAGUAUAGGAUAGACAACGAUUUUGAACAGAAUUCGGUGAAAAAUACAUUGUCAGAACAUUAAAUCUGCAACAUACAGGUAAAUAUAGAUGUCUUACGACAGAAAAGAGUUAGUUAAAGUUCAGCUAAGUGUUUAUAAGCCAAUCCAUGACUGUCCUGGUCGGUACAAGGACUAUUUUGUAGCGGUAGUCGGACCGGGAUUACAACUCGGCAACGAGGAUCCAAAUAAUGCGGCACGUUGCAACCCUGAAGGUCAUCAUGUCUGGACAAUAACAUUAUGGCUGCCAAAAGGAAAAGAUGUUUACUUUAAGUUCCUUUUAGUUCAUGCUUCCACAUAUGCCGUUGUGGACGUUGAAGAAAUCAUUCCACACAGAAUACGUGUUGGCCAAAAACCGCUUCGUGUAGAAAUGACGUACAACAAAACUACAACCUUAGUGGAAGAAGCUGGCGAUGACUUUAAAGCAAUUGACAAAGAAAAAUAUGGACUAUACCACAUUCCUACUCUCAAUAUAGAACGGUCAGACAGAGUGCAGUUUAAAGCACCAAAUGUCGAAUGUCCACCAGAGUUAACACAUUCUGGCAAAUCAGAACUAGAAGCUGCCUCUCAAGUAGUUGUCCUGGACGACAACAUCGAAACGACUUUACCGCCUGGACACAAACAGCUCGUUCAAAACGAAAGCUGCACAAAACACGAGAUGUAUCUGACAGAAGAGAUUAAGCCAGUGUCACAAGAUGAGAUGACAAUUCAGUUAGACGGCACGGUAUCGAAUGUGAAAGAGAAAGAGAACAUGACAAAUGCGAUGACACAGCGUACAAUGACAAGUCCAAAACAAGGAGUGACUCGAAAGGAAGAGAACAUGAAAAAUCUGCCAACACCGCCUAACAACUGCACAACUUCAGAGGCAACUGAAAAGGUAGAGAAAGUAACAAAUCAUCUGACACAACCGCCAAUUCAAAAGGAACAGAACAUGACGAAGCCAUGGACAAAGCCUACCCGCUACACAUCUCAAAACAUUUCCACUAUCAAAACAGCAAUAGUCAAACCUCUGUCCUAUGAACAGCAACAGCAACAGCAAAAGCAACAGCAUUUCUCCAUCAGAAAGAAAGGCUCCGAUUUCCCAGUCAGCGAGGGCCUCAUAUUAGUUGCAGCUGGAGUGGCAUUUGCUUCUUAUGUAGGAUAUCGUGUGUUCAGGACGAUUAUGAAACGGGAUGAAUGAAUUUUUGUUUGUAUAUGUCAUGUCAUAUCAAGUUUUAUUAUUACCUGAAAAACUAGAUAAUUAGAUACAUAUUGUUUUGAAAGAAAGUACCAAAACUUUGUUUUCAUUUACAAAAAAAUAUGAUUUAGAAGGGUUAUUUUGAUACUUUGUUUACAACUGAUUGUCAAAUAAGCAACACAAUACUUUGAAAGUCAACAAUUCAGUCAUUGUCUCAUACCUCACCUCGAUAGAUUUUGGAAUAAAUCUCAAAUCCUUA